AUGCCUUCAUUUAAAGUCCUCGCUACCCUCUGCAUCGUUGCCGUUGCUCAACUAGCUGCUGGCCACGCAGUCAUUACCGAAGCUACCGGUGACGCGGGUGGAACUGGAAUGGCUCUUGGUGUUGAUACUUCAACUCCCCGAGACGGAACCCGACGAAGGCCGUUCCAGCAGGACAGCACUCGCUUCCGGGGUGACCAAGCCGAUACCGUCGGCGAAACGAUUGGCGCCGGUAACAAUGACAUCGAGCAGGGAACCCAGGCCAUCAUGGAGGAGACUGGUGAUCAGCUUCCUCAAGUCACUGCAGGCGGCGAACUCAAGAUGACUCUUCAUCAAGUUAACGCCGACGGCGCUGGACCUUUUCAAUGCAUGAUAAACGACGACGGCACGGGAGAAGACUGGGAAGACAUCCAAGUCACGCAAUCUCCUCCGGGCGACGAUUCGCGGGACCGCGAUGGCAACGAGACGGAUUUCCCACUGGUUGCGGCUAUUCCUGAGGAUCAAGAGUGCACCGGGACUGUUGCCGGUCAGGACAAUGCCUGUCUAGUCAGAUGCCAGAAUGGAGCUAGGGCUGGGCCUUUCGGCGGGGUCGUUCCUGUCCAGAUGUCUAACUCGAAUUCAACUAAUACUGCACGCCGAAGCAUCUCUCGCGUCAUGAGGAAGAGCGUGACCUUUUCUGCUUAG